AUGAAGCGGCUUGCGAUAUUGCAUUUGGGCAACAAUAAUUUCACUGGUGAAUUGCCUUCCUCUUUGAAGAAUUGCAGGAUAUUGAGAAAGUUAGAUUUGGGAGGAAACAAGUUGACAGGUACAAUUCCAGCAUGGAUAGGAACACACCUAACAAAUUUGGUAGUUCUUAGCCUUCGAUUUGAUAGUUUUCAUGAAUCCAUUCCUACAACAAUUUGCCACCUUACCGAUAUUCACGUCAUGGACCUUUCUAGAAACAACAUUUCUGGAAAAAUUCCACGAUGUUUAAACAAUCUUACUUCUUUGGUUCAAAAUGAUGGUCCAACUUUUCUCAAAUUUAGUCCCACUCUGGUAUUUGUCGGGGAACCAUCAGAUGACGAUGACAAUGCUUUGGUUCAAUGGAAAGGACAAGACGCAGAGUAUAAAAGACUAAGAAAUUUGAAAGGCAUUGAUCUUUCUAGCAAUAAGUUAGUUGGAACUAUUCCUCAUACAUUUUCUGAUUUGAGAGUUUUAGAUUUCAUCAACUUAUCUAGAAACCAUUUAACAGGGAAUAUCAUUUCAAGUAUUGGUAAACUGGACACAUUGGAAUGGCUUGAUUCGUCUAGAAACCAACUUUCUGGGGAGAUUCCGAAUGGCCUUGCAAAUCUACAUUUUCUUAGUGUUUUGGACUUAUCAUACAAUAAUUUGAUGGGGAAGAUUCCACUACGCACUCUUGACUCAUCUUCAUACAAUGGGAACAACCAACUCUGUGGGGAUCCAUUGGCAAGGUGUCCUCCUGACCCUUCUGUCACUGAUCAUGGCAAGGUGCCGCUUUUUGGAAAAGUUGAUGACUGGAGUGGUGCACGGGUUGUGACUGUCUGA